GGGUUCGUAAUCCGCGAUCUGUUGGAUCCAUGUGGUUUUCUCGGGACUCGAAACGUUCUGUUUUCUGCGGCAACGCGGGACCCUCUACCACAGUUAGUGGCAAAAUAAACACAUUUUGAUUCAGAAAGAUGUGCUGAUACUUGUAGACAAUUGUCAACUACUAAACCUUGAGUUAUUAGGCUAAGUGCAGAUGCACUGAAUUGGAGUUCUCUCUAUACGAAUCAGCAGAGGAUCAAAUAGGAAUUUAAUCACAGAAGUGCACGAUGUUGAGAAUACAGACCGUCCUUUGGACUUUCUUUGUAGUGCUGUCUGUUGCAGUUGGAGCUGAUUUUAAACCACGUAACUGCAGUGAGGUUAGAGAAGCUUCUGUCUCAAAAGGCUUCAGCUUUGAAAAUGUUCCUCUGCAAGAAAUAUCAGGUGAACAUCUUCGUUUAUGUCCUCAAGGCAACACCUGUUGCACCUCGGAAAUGGAGGACAAGUUCGGCCAACAGAGCAAGUGGGAGUUUGAGAACUUGGUUGAAGAAACUAGUCAUGAUUUACGAAGCACCUUUGUCUCCAGACAUAAAAAGUUUGACGAGUUUUUCCUGGAGUUGUUGGAGAACACAGAGAGGUCUCUGAACGAGAUGUUCGUGCGGACUUAUGGCAAGCCUUACAUGCAGAACUCGGAGGUCUUCCAGAACCUUUUUGCGGAGCUGAAACGCUACUACACAGGUGGCAACGUUAACUUGGAGGAGAUGCUUAACGACUUCUGGUCGCGGCUACUGGAGCGCAUGUUCACUCUGCUCAACUCCCAGUAUAUCAUCACCGAGGACUAUCUGGAAUGCAUCAGCAAGUACACGGACCAGCUCAAGCCCUUUGGAGAUGUGCCCAGGAAACUGAAGGCUCAGGUUACCAGGGCCUUCAUCGCCGCACGCACCUUUGUCCAGGGCCUUUCGGUUGGCCGAGAGGUGGCUAACAGAGUGUCCAAGGUGAGCAGCACCCCAGCCUGUAUUCGAGCCCUGACUAAGAUGAUGUACUGUCCGUACUGCCAAGCCAUGCCCUCGGUGAAGCCCUGCAACAACUACUGUCUGAAUGUCAUGAAGGGCUGCCUCGCCAACCAGGCCGACCUGGACCCAGAAUGGAACCAGUACGUUGAUGCCAUGUUGCUGGUGGCACAGAGGCUGGAGGGACCCUUCAACAUUGAGUCUGUCAUGGAGCCCAUUGAUGUCAAGAUCUCAGAGGGCAUCAUGAAUAUGCAAGACAACAGUGUCCAGGUUUCCUACAGGGUUUUUCAAGGCUGUGGCCAACCAAAGCCCUCAGGAAUGGGCAGCAGGUCUACCCGGGGCGUCUCGGAUGUGUUCAACGCCCGCUUCAGGCCUUACAGCCCGGAGGAGCGGCCCACCACUGCAGCUGGCACAAGCCUGGACAGACUGAGGAAUGUUUGGAGUGCAAUGCAACACAGUGUAAUUGACAUCAAGGAGAAACUGAAGCUGUUCAAGAAGUUCUGGUCCAACCUGCCAGAAGAUAUCUGUCAACCACACAGGGUGACAGCAGGAAAUGCCACAGAUGAUGAACAGUGUUGGAACGGGCACACCAAGGGCAGGUAUUUCCCUGAGGUUCUAAAAGACGGAUUGACCAAUCAGGUGAAUAACCCAGAGGUGGGUGUGGACAUUACUAGGCCGGACACGUUCAUUCGCCAGCAGAUUAUGGCCCUGAGAGUGAUGACAAACAAGUUAAAAAAUGCCUACAACGGCAAUGACAUCUACUUCCAAGACUCAAGUGACGAGGGCAGUGGCUCAGGAAGUGGCAGCGGCUGUACGGAGGCCUGCGUCACUGAGUUUGAGUUUGCCAGCACCGAAGCCCCGAUGGUGGGAGCAGACCGGAGCGGGAGUGGCCCGGUGGAGGAUUCAGCAGCAGCCACACAUCCUGCCCCCUCAGCAGUCCUGCCGGCCAGCCUGGCCCUCUUGGCUCUGGCACUGCACAGGCUAUGGAGAUAAUGCUGGGGGAAGUCAUCCAACAUGGACAGCAGGGUCUCUGUUUACGCUGUGUUUUAUACCCAAACAGACUGGAGCCACAGUCAAGCAGACAGUAUUCAGGCAACCUUGGCCUCUCGGAUAAAUAGAGGGGUCUACUCUGCUCCGGAGACAGCAGUCAUGCAUCUUGAUUCCCCCUUUCCCCUCCCAAAGAUGGUCUGGUGGUUGUUGCCAUUCUUAGGCAGGACUUCACAUGACUGCCGUCACUCCGAGAUAGAAACAGAUGUUCUCCUGUUAAACGUUGCUCAAGAAACUCAAAUUACAUUUUUCCCCCUGGUGUAAAGCACAUGCUAUUAGGUCUCCGUGAGAAAAAGCCCUUGCACUUUUGGUCUUUUUAUUUUUUAAUACUAUAGAAGGGGAUUGUUGUGCCACUGUGAAAUCUGCACCUAGAGGUGCCCAAGAGUCAGACCUAGAACAUGUUUACUAUGGUAUAACCCUUAUAUACCACUCUACUAUGAGGUGAUUUCAGUUAUGAGGUGAUUUCAGUUAGCAGGUAUUUUACUUGUCAACUGGUCUGAAGUGCAUGUCCUAAUUUCUAUAACAAGCCCUCUACCCCAGAAUCAUAUAAAUAAAAUCACUACAGUUUCUAUACUUUAAAUAUAAUUCAUUAUUUUUCUACAUUGACAGUAAAUGUUACAUAUGAAACUUGUUUAAUGUUAAUCAGGUAAGGUAAGAUAUUGUAUUAUUCUACAAUUUACUGCAUUCUGUUCUUUUGAGUGUAGCUGUUAUCAUAUCACGAAGAACCUCAUAGAAAUAUUGCUUUACCUUAUGUUCCACUGCUUGAUUUUCUCAUAUUUUGAGAAAUUUCAAAUAUUGCCAACCACUAUGUGCAAAGUAUUGGCCUGCUUUUGUCCUAUUUUGAAUUGUCACCAUUUGCUAUAUCUUCAGAUAUAAACCAUUACCUGAUAACUCAGGUUUGAGGUGCAUUUUAUGUUAAUUUACUUUCAUAAGCACAUGUUCCUCUGCCUUGCGAAGUGUUUUCAUUAGCUGCAGUGUGAUGUCUUUAACUUCCCAUCUGCCAUUAUAAAGGCAAAUACAGAUACACAUUUAGACACCAUGUUCUAACAAUUCCAAAAAAACUUGUUCUAACAUGUUCUAACAAUUCAUAUACAGAAACAUCUAUUGACAGGAUUAUUUGUGAAUUAUUUUCAUGGAUGAUAAAUAUAAUUAAUAGCAAGUGUAUGAAUGUCAACAUCUGUAUUUAACUGUAAUCACUAAUGUAUUUAUAUUCAUUAAGUUGGUCUGAUAAAAGUACAGUAUACAUUGAAUCACACCAAAUGUUAACAGUAAAACUGUCUAUAUUAAUUCAUUUACUACUAAAAACAAGAAACAAUAAAUGAGGAUUAAAAAAAUGUGCCAAAUUGUACUAGUUAAAUACAUAGCACAUUGGAGACAAAAAUUGCCAAAGGCAAAAAAGGCCCCUCCAUUUAUCUGUGGCGCCUGAGUGGUUCUGUCAGUGGUGACAGGCUUAAAACCGGCCACAGCCACCUGUGAAAUGAGAAUUAUAGAAGGUAGAGAGUGUCUGGAAAUGGUUGAAUGCUCCAGUGAAGAUAGGCAGCAGAGCAUAAAUACAGAGACUGGAAGAGGAUCGGCAUUACUGAAGGGGGCGUACUGUGUUUUGCCCCUCAAACGCCAGGCAAACAAAGCCAGUGUCACGUCCAGUGUUCUCAGAGGGCUGGCAUGUUAACGCAAUAUACCACAAAGGGCAGUUAAGCUAAGCUUACAUAUUAAAGGGGUUAAUUAAUAUCGGUCAGCUCUUAUCAUUGCUUUUUGUGUCAGUUGUGUGAGCUUGCUUUGUUGCCUCUUGAUAAACCAGUAUUAGUGAUAAACCUGUUUGAAUGUAAGGCAAAUGAUGGUGAGGAUGAUGUACAAAAUACUGGAGAAGAAAAUAUGUUGCCCCUUUGUCCUUAAAAUAAGAUUAUUUAUUAUGAAUAAUGAUCUUGCAGGAUGCCGUUUAAAUUUUUUUUAGUAUCAUUGCACUUUUAAUGGUAAUAUUUUGCUAUUGUUUGUCUUGAAAAUGUAUGUUUAUGAAUCAGCAAACGUAAUGUCAAAAACUAAUGUUUCCGAAAAAGUAUUAAUCACCAUUUCGAACAAUCAAAUGCAUUUUAUUGUAAAAAAAAAAAAAAUGAUACAUUAUGUUGCUUGAACUUGUUCAAGACAAUACGGUUGAAAAUCUAGAUAUCAUGAAGACUGUACAAACAAAUAUGCCUUACAGUUUUUUAAUGCAAUUAAAAUUAUGUUUUGUUACACUUUCUUGCAAAUAAAUAUUUGUUAAAAAAGA